AGAACAAAACAAAGAGCAGACCAGUCCACCCGACUGUCCUGUCUUGACGAUAACGGUAUAAAGUAUGGGCAGGAAGCACAAAAAACACAAAUCAGAGAAACGCGCAUACGACGGUAAGGUCGUGCAGAAGACUUUCACAUUGCUUGUGAAUACACGGAGAGACCAUUGAAACUCGUUUUGAAGGUGGCGGGUAAUGAGGUGACUACAGGAAGUACUAGUCUGGAAAACCUCUACGAGGAGUCGGUGGAUUACGAUAAGCAUAGGGACAAAAAGAAGAAAAAGAAAAAAAAGGAGGACCGAGACAGAAGUAACCCUGGUUCACCGAUUGACGAGAAAAAAAAGAAAAAGAUGACUAAAAAGAGGAAAGGUCAAGACCCUGUGGACACUGAAUGGGAGGACCGAGAACUCAGUAGAGCUUCUAUGCGAUCAGACAUGUCCCAGGACAAACCACUGUCCUCCAUGGCGAAGAUGGAAGAUAAAGCGCAGACUCCUCUACAGGAAGCCCUUAGUCAACUCAUCAGGCAGCUCCAAAGGAAAGACCCCACUGCAUUUUUCUCUUUCCCUGUGACUGAUCUUAUUGCUCCGGGUUACUCGAUGAUCAUAAGAAGGCCCAUGGAUUUUAGCACCAUGAAGGAUAAAGUCAAGAAGGAAUAUUACCAGUCUUUACUAGAGAUGAAGACUGAUUUCAAAUUAAUGUGUGAGAAUGCCAUGAGCUACAACAAACCUGACACCAUCUACUACAAGGCAGCAAAGAAGUUGCUCCGCUCUGGCCUUAAGAUUCUAAGUUCGGAAAGGCUGGAUAGCCUGAAGCAAAGCAUCGAGUUCAUGGCAGACCUGGAGAGCUCCAGCAGCCGACCAGCAGACGCAGGGGAGGGGGAAGGAAGCUCAGGCCUAGAGCAGAGUAAAAAUGCCUCCACUCCUAUGGAAACCACCCGAUUUCCCUGCAGACCGAAAAAGGACAUGGCGAGGCAAGACAAAGAUUCAAAGGAGGACGUGCAGAAGACUGUCACUCAAACAGAGAAGGACCUGGAGGAGAUCCGAAAGAUCAUAGAGGAGUCUGGGAAUAAACUCUCUAACCGAGAACUCCUCACUGAGCUGGAGUUCGAGAGGCGAAGGCAGGAUGGAUCCACGUCCCUAGCCAUCCUAAACCCAGUUGACUUGAGUGCUGGUGAUCCAGGGUACUGUGCUGUCAAGCUUGGCAUGAUGUCAGGAAGAUUGCAAAGCGGCGUCAACACGCUCCAGGGUUUCAAGGAGGAUAAGAGAAACAGGAUCUCCCCAGUGGCUUACUUGAAUUAUGGGCCCUUCAGCUCCUACGCUCCAGCUUACGACUCCAGCUUCGCCAACAUCUCCAAGGAGGACUCCGACCUCAUCUACUCCAUCUAUGGCGAGGAAUCCAGCUCGCAGGGCUCCGACAGCAUGGCCAACUUCCUGUCCAGGUCCGAGGAGCACAUGAGCCGUAUGGGGGACAACAUGCUGGAUGCGCUGACUAAUGGCCAGCACUCGAAGACACUCAAGGAGACGGAGGCGAACAAUCCAGGUCGAGAGGCACCAGUUGAGAGCCCUGGAGCGGCAGGUGAUGAGGUUCAGGUGGUGCAGUCUGAACCCCAUCCAGUCAGUGGCACGGACUCCCUAAACACGCUCAAAGCCCUGGGCCUGGACUACCUCGUACCCAAACUCGACUCAAAAGAGGCCCGGGAGUUCCAGGAGAAACUGGACGAAACCACCCAGCUCCUCAACGAGCUGCAGGAGGCCCAGAAGGAACGCCUCAGCACCCCCCAGCCCCCCAAUAUCAUCUGCCUCCUCGCCCCCACCGCCAAGGAAGUACAGCUGGCUGAGAAGGUGAAUGGAAACCUGGCCCUCCUGACAAGCCAGGUGACCCCAGGCGAUGUGAUCAGUGUGUACGGUAUCAGGAAGGCCAUGGGUGUGUCUGUGCCCAACAAGCCCGAUGAGCCCCUCAUCGACCUCACCACAGUGCGAGAAAUGUCAGAACCAAUGGAGAGCUCAUCAGCAGGACCGGAAGAAGUCCCCAUCAUUACCGUCUAGCAGCCUCCUCCGAGCUUUAGGCCAAUCCCAUUGCCAAGAUUCCUCUUUGUACAGUCGGUGCUGUUUUUUGUGUGACGUUUGUAUCAAUAAACCUCUUUUGUAGUAA